CUGUGCUCAAGCUUCCUGCUGGACCUGGCAGCAGCCUUUCGCCUCCUGGUGCCCCUCCUCCGGCUCUGUGUUUUCCGCAGCAGGUCCAGCGCAACAGUUAAGCUGUGGCGCAACAAUUAAGCUGUGGCACCCCAAACAGCCUGCCCCUGUAAGAUCCUGAGAUGAAAUCACAUGACGAUAGAGAGAGAGAGAGAGAGAGAGAGAGGGAGAGGGAGAUUAGCUAUGAAUUGGAGACGACAGCAGCCUCAGACAGACACAGGAACACACUCAUGCUUCUCUAACCUUUUGCUGUAGCGUACAUGACUACCGCUGCAGUCAUAACGAUGCAAGAGAGGAGAUGAGGAGAGGAGAGUGUAGAGGGGAGGAUGGUGGAGUGAGGCAGGCAGGGCGGGGCUGCUGAGUGACAGAGCGGGAGGCAGGAGAGGGAGGAAGCUGCUCAACAGACGACCAAGAAACAGAGGGAGGAGGAGGAAGAGAGAGAGUAUAUCCACAGGACGUGAGUGCCAACAGCAGAGGAGGGGGGGGGCUUCCAGACUGGAUGGGCCCAGCAAUGCCUUGAUGGAGUAUGGGCCAGGUUUUAGGAUUCUCCCACUGCCAGGAAUAUGGCUCUGUGGCGUCCACUCCAGACUCAACGCCUCCUUGCACCGAUGGCGGAAAUGAGGAGUCCGAGAUGUGCGAGCUGCAAACAGCCAGGGAAUGGUCUGACGAUGAGGAGGGGGGAGGUGGAGGUCCAGAUGAUGACGAGGGACUGGCUUCAUCCCCGUCCAUCUGGGGCACGCCACGUCAGAACUCCUUCGAGCUGACUUUCUCUUACAUUGCUAUCGCAGAGGCCGAAGCGGUGGGGGCCUCGCGACACCUCCGUGACCGACGCAGGGGUGGCUCUCGGGGAAGUCGCACUCCUUUGAUCCGCACGGACACCCUGGAAACAAUGUUGUACUCCCCCGAUGUAGACUGGGACCCUCAAGCCUUCCUUAGUCGAGAGGAAGAAGAGGAAGAAUCAGGAAGGAGAGAGCAGGAGAGGGUGGAGGCAAGUGCAGCGGUGAGGAGGGAGCAGCACAGACAAAUUGAGACUAUUACAAUCCAGCCCUCUCACCAAAAUCUGGACCCAGAAACUCAGGGGAGAGAUGCAGAAAUCCAAAGAGAUGAGACUCCAAGCAGUCUGACCCAGACUGACCAGCCUCCCUCUCCGUCCCCGUCUUCCCAGCGUCAGAGCGCCUCACAGAUACUUCAGGCAGCAGCAGCCUCACCGACCCCUGAGCCAGAGUCCCCCGUCACCAGGGAAACCAUUUCGGUCACGCUGCUCACAUCAGUGCGGCCCAGAGGCCCAGCGUUUUCGUCGCCAGCUGCCAUUGGUCUAAACUCUCAGGAACAGCUGGUCAGCGAUCACUGGUUUUCAGCACUUAACCUAUCAGAGGACCCGACAGUAUGCACCCAUAUAGCAGUGAUGGACCUGAUCUACUGGAAGGACACAGAGCGAACAGGCAUGGUGCUAACAGGGCUAGUGGUCGGCCUGCUGUCCCUGUUCCAGCUCAGCAUCAUCACUGUGGUCUCCACAGUCUCCCUGGCUGUCAUGUGCUUCACCAUCUCAGUGCGCAUCUACUACCAAGUUCUCUACAUCCUCAGCUGGGGCGAUGGAGAACACCCCUUCAAGUCAUACUUGGACCUGGACAUUAGUUUCAGUGGAGAGGAGGCUGACCUCUAUAUGCAGAAAGCCAUCGUUAUGGCUCUGUCUGCCGUUGACACUCUGAAGGGACUCUUUUUUGUUGGGAACCUCUUUGAGUCCCUCAAGCUCCUGGUUCUGAUGUACCUUGUGACAUACCUGGGAGACCUGUGCAAUGGCCUUACUCUGUUCAUCAUCGGUGUGAUCGCUCUGUUUUCUCUGCCACUUUUCUACAGACAACGCCAGGAGCAGGUGGACAGCUUCAUUGCAAAAAUCCAGGCCCACAUUGACAACGUCAAGGACACCUUUCAAAGACUUGCCCAGGGUGGUGGCCCUCCUCCUGACCCAACUCCAGGUGGUGCCAAACCCAAAACCCAGUAAACACUGAUGGACAAGAAAAGCACCCGGAGUUACAGGCUGUCACUCAGAUGUCUUACCCAGCAGUCUGUGCUCAGAGCUCCAGAGAAAGGAGCUCCAGAGACUGGGGAAGGGAAGGGAGGUUACUUAAAUGAACAAUGAUGAGGAUCACGCGUGGUACUUUAUACUCUACCUGUAUCUAAGUUAUGGGGUUAGGGGUUUGGGUUUAAACUUAAUCAAGGUGAAAGAAUCCUGGAUGAGACUCUUGCUGCUGACGUCAGAGACGGAAAGAUUCUACGACACAGCUUGUCGUAUGUGACCAUCCUUGGAAAUGUUCACUUUUUUAAAACAUAAAAAUGACUCAAGAAGUGUCUUAGAUGGUUGAGAGCUGUAGUCCAAAUGUCUACUGUCCAAAUGUCCAAAUACUAAGACCAGGAAUGGGAAGUUCCCACACCGACAGCUACUCGCCUGAGAAAAGGGAAGUCAGUUGUUAAGGUGAUUUAAGUGAGGGGACAAAAACUGCUGCCAUUAUUCAUGGCAGCAUUAAAUUGGCAAUUAAGGAUGCAUGUUUCAGCACAUGUCCUUUUCUGAAUGCAUAUUCAUUCACAUGACAGUUCAUCUGUGUGUAUGCAAGUAUGAGUGUGUUUGUGUGCGUGUAAUUCCUGUCAUACAGCUUGCUGAAAUGAAACCUAAAAGCAAUUAAAGUCACAUUUCUUCUUUA